ACCCACCUAUACUUCCUGCCUGGCCAAUCAGCGUUUUAAUAAAAUACAUGAUUGACAGAAUACAGAUAAUUCUCCCGCACCAAUUCAGAGUGUGGUUAGGAACUGAGCUGAUUCAGCAGGGUGGAGGUAGUAGUUUUAUUCUAAGGUUCUGACCUCACUAGCCCUGAUGGGAGAGAAUAUAAAUCAUUAGUCUUUCUGAGUCUGAGUUCCUUCACUCAAUAUAAUCUUUACUAGGUCCAUCCAAUAACUUGCAAGUUUCAUGAUUCCAUUUUUGAUUAAAGAUAAAUAGCAUUCCAUUUUGUAUAUGUGCCACAUUUUCAUUAUCUACUUUUCUGUCGGAGGACAUUUAGGAUGUCUCCAUUUCUUGGCUAUUGUGAAUUAGACAGCAAUGCAACUGCUGAGACGUAUUUGAGGAGUAGGGUGUCAACUCCAUUGAGCAUAUAUCAAGGAGUUGUGUAGCUGCGUCAAAAGGUAGAUUUAUUUUUAGUUUAUUGAGGAUUCUCUGUACUGAUUUCCAGAAUGGCUGCAGCAAUCUGCAUUUCCAGCAGAGACUGAAGGUUCCCCUUCCCUGUGACCUCACCAGCAUUUCUUGUCAAUUGUUUUGUUGAUCUUUGCCAUUCUGAUUGGAAUAAGAUGAAGUCUCAAGGUUGUUUUAAUUUUCAUUUCCCUAAUUGCUAAGAAUGAUGAACACUUUCUGAGUUAUUUUUAGCCACUUUUACUUCUUCUAUUGAGAUCUCUCUGUUUAGACCCUUUGCCCAUUUUUUAAUUGGAUCAUUUGUUUCCAUGACUACCUGUUUUUUGAAAUCCUCAUGUUCUGGAUAUUAAUCUUCUGUCAGAUGUGUAGGUGGCCAAGAUUCCCUCCAACUCUGGAUCCUUCACGCAACUGAUUGUUUCCUUAACUUCUGCACAAACUCUUAACCACUGGGCCAUCUCUUCAGCCCCAAGAGUGGAUCUUAAAGUUUCUUACCACAAGAAGAAAAAUGAAAAAGCAAUAACAAUUUAAGGUGAUGGAUACAUUAAUUGCCUUCAUUAUGGUAAUAAUUAUGCAGUGUAUCUGUGUAUCAAAACAUUGCCCUGAACACUGUAAGUAUAUGCAAGUUUUAAUAUACUUUAAAAAUCUUGAAAACAUAAUCACAAUUCACUAUUUUCAUAGUAUUAAGAGAUUUUGUUAAAUAAUAACAUUUUUUCCUAAAAGAAGGAAACUCCAUUGGCAAAAGGAUGGAAGUAUGUUUGAAGAGUAAAAACACAGGUUCUGGCGACAGAAGGACAGCCUCCUUUACCUCUCCUUUGAGCUCUACCGCUGAAUCAUGGAGUCACCAUCUGAGGAGAAAAGAAGGAGCCAUGUCAUCACUAUAGACCCAAAUGAAACCAUCUUGACUGCCUUUCCUUACAGACCUCAUAAUUCCCUGCUCGAUCUCCUGAAGGGGGAGCCAAAAGUUUUGGGGGCUAUCCAGAUUCUUCUUUCUCUGGUCAUUGUGGGCCUUGGGAUUAUAUUAGCAUUUAAUUUCAUCUUUUUCUCCAAAAAAUUUCCUCUCGUGAUCCUCACAGGAUAUCCAUUCUGGGGAGCAUUUUUUUUUUUUCUGGCAGGAUUCAUCACAGUGUACAAUGAUAAAUUAAGACAAAAUCCGAGACAAAAAGUCACAACCGUGAACAUCCUCAGCUCGCUGGUUGCAUUAGCUGGGAUUGCCUUGAUCCUCAUCAGCUUUACACAGCAGCACAAAUUCUGUCAGGCGCCCUCCCUCGAAGGAACGUGUGUUGUAGGCAGAACGCUUCUCCUUGGAAUUUUGUCAGUUUUAUUAAUCAUCACCAUAGCGGAGUUCAGCAUCUCUUUGACUAUUGCAUCCUUAAGAAGCAGUUGCUGGACCAGUUCAAGAAAGGCUGUAUUCUUCUUCCCUUCAGAAGUUCCUCAAAAUACUGAACAGCCUGUGCCCGAAGAAAAUAAUCCAUUACAAUUUGAGUUUCAAGGAAAAUCUCCCAGUGAUAAUACAGCUUCAAACAUAACAACCAUGUUUUUAGGGGGUUAUGCUUUCUUCAAGUUAAGAGGCUUAAGAAAUCCUUCAGCUCCCAAAAAUAUCUCACGGAAAAGUGAUAAGGGUACAUCUUCUAUGCAUGUUCCAGAUGAACAGGAGACUAUUCCUCCACCCUCCUUAGAGGAAGAAACUAAACUGGAUGCUUUACCUCCCCCAUUAACACCAAAGUCUUCAGAAAAUAUUCCUUCCCAGAAAGAGUCUAGCAAUAACCUGAAUGAUGAGGAUCUAGAAUCUAUUACACAUCAAACCUCUGAUCUGCAACCCAAAUUGAUUGACAACCAAAAUAUGUCACCCAAAUUUCUAAAAACUCCAUCUUCACAUAAUUUAUCCCCUUUGUUACCUGACAGUUUAUCAACCCAAACAUUAAUGGAAGCUCUGUCAACACAAGUCUUACAAUCUAAACUCACAUCAUCCCGUAUUUCAAUGUCUUAUGAUCUGACAUCUGAGGACUUGCCUUCUGAAGACAUACCAUUUCAAGAAACCCCAUCCCAAGACAUGCAAUUCCAAGAUCCACUGACUCAAGACAUAUCAUCCCAAGAGACUCAAUCACAAGAUAUUCCAUACCAAGAUACACUAACUCAAGACAUACCUUCCCAAGAGACUCCUUCCCAAGAGACUCCAUCCCUAGAGACUCCAUACCAAGAACUGUCAUCCCAAGAUACUCUAUCUCAAAAUACUCUAUCCCAAGAAACUCCAUACCAAUAUACUCCAUCCCAAAUGAUUCCACACCAUUAUACUCCAUCCCCAAAGACUCCAUCUCCAAAGAUUCCAUCGCCAAAGACUCCAUCCCAAGAAACUCCAUCCCAAGAUACACUAACUCUAGACAUACCAUCCCAAAAGACUCAAUCUGAAGAAACUCCAUCACAAGAGAUUCCCUCUCAAGAAACUCCAUCACAUGAUAUGAAAUACCAAGAUGUACUACCUCCAGAAAAAACAUCGCAAAGCACACAAACCCAAGAUACAGUGGCCCACGACACGACAUUCUCAGAUCUUCAAGCACUAAACACUCAAGUUCAAAUUCAGCAAGAUCCAGAAAUAUUUUAUAGAGACAUUCGAACAGAAGUCAUGGAACUGACUCAAGAAUGGAUGUCUAAUAUGAGCAAGAAACCCCCAAGAAGACUUUCCUUAUCCUUGUCAGGCAAACAUGGAAAAUUCUCUUCCAAGAGACAUUCCCUGGACCUACAAAUCAAAGGUGACGAAGCCCCAAGGAGACAUUCUGUAGACUUACAAAGGAAAACUUCAAGACGGAAAUCCAUAGAUCAGCAAAUCAAAGCCUGGCUAUCCACAAAGAAGCACACCACAGAGAAACAAGAUGCAUAUACUCAAACCCCAGAGCUAUUCCUCCACCAGCAAGCUGAUCAGCAGCAGGCCAAAGAGGAGGAGGUUCCAGUACAACAACCCCAAGAUGAGCAAAGCAAAGACGAAAAAUCUGUAGAAGAGCUAGGCCCAGAAGAACAGCUUACUGGCAAGAAAGAAGAUCAGCAGUCUGAUAAAAUGCAGUGUCCAGAAGAACAAGUUCAACCAGCUGAAGACCAGCAGCCUCUAGAGCAGAAAGUUCCGAAGAGCCAGUCCCCAGAUUUGCAAGAAAGACAGCAAGUGCUAGUAAGGAGAGCCCCAGUGCCAUCAUGUCUGGACUGGGACUCUCAAAGCUUUCAGUUCACAGAAAGGUCAUGUUCAUACUGGUCAACUCCAUCCUGGCAGCCUGUUAGCCUGGGAUCCCAGGACUGGAGAAGUCAAGGCUGGAGAAACAAAGAUUGGAAAGCACAAGAAUGGCAGUUUGAAAUACAGCCUUCCCUGGACUGGGAAUCUCAAGAGUUAUUAGAAAGAGAAUCCUUAAGGCAAAGGGCACUAUACCAAGAAAUCCAACCCCGCAGCACCAUAGUCCAACACACCCAAGAUCGUCAAUUGCGUAACUUUAUAUUUCAAGUGGGUCUGUGUCAAGGUAAUGACCAACAAUCUGGUGUUUUAAGAGGAGAUAUGUAUGCUGCAGAUGAUGUACAAACAAGAGACAGGGAACCCCAAGACAUAGAAGAUACAUGCCAGAAACCAAAAGACCAGCAGUCAGAAGACAUACGGCCAGCUAAUAAUCCUGUUUCUUGUCAGAGCUUGGUUCCAUACACAUAUGUAACUUGUUUAUCCAAUAUAGCUUCAGAGCAAGAGGUGCAGAACAAUACGCCCUGUUCAGACUCAUCCAAAGAUCUGAAUGCCACUUCUUCCUCAUGGUAUCAAAAAGAUCAACAGCAAUCUGAGGACUCAGACUGACAUACACAUCUAAUCAAAAACCACAGACCCCAGAUAAUGGAGCCAGAUGAGGAUGAAGCAGCUGAUUCUCUAACCUGUGCUUGCUGUCUAAUUCACUCACCAGAGAUAAAGGGCAUGCAGGACCUUCAAAGAACUCAUUCCUUUUUAAAACAAAAUGAAAACAAGCCAAAUGUCAAGACUAUAUCAAAACCUUCUGGGAGUGAAGAAAUAAAUCUCAUCUAAGCUAUAAAA